AGGUCAGUCUAUAAUGUGGUAGGGGCAAAUAUAUGAAAGGGGGGAUAACAAGUCAGGUGAUGAUUCCUUCGAAUACUCCAAAAAUACUUUUGUAUUAUUUUGUAAUUUAAUAUUAUUUUACUGACGAUAAAAAGAUUGUUAUUUGCAACAAAAUGGACAAAUUACCAGUGGAUGAUGAAAAAGAAGACAAAGAGAAAGACAAAAGCAGUAAUUGUCAAGAAGAAGCAAGUUCAUCUAUGAAUAAAUCUGACGACGAAGACGGAAAUAUGGAAAAAAUUCGUAAAUAUCUAGCCCAAAAAUUAAAAUUAACUGAUACCAGUACUGAUGAGUCGGACAAGUCUCGAAAAAAAAUUUUAAAUCGGUUAGACAUUGAUGGUAUUGUUGAAUAUAUAAAAGAAAAAAACUGCAGUAGAAUUAUUACUAUGGCUGGAGCCGGUAUUUCAACAUCUGCAGGAAUUCCUGAUUUUCGUUCACCAUCAAGUGGGCUUUAUCACAAUUUACAAAAAUACAAUUUACCACAUCCACAGGCAAUAUUUGAACUAGAUUUUUUCAAAUCAAAUCCAGAACCAUUUUUCGUUUUAGCUAAACAAUUAUUACCAGAAGGUUUUAAGCCUACACCAAGUCAUUAUUUUAUAAGACUCCUUUGGGAAAAAGGAUUAUUAUUAAGACACUAUACUCAAAAUGUUGAUACAUUAGAGAGAGUAGCUGGAUUAUCUCCGGAAAAAAUAGUUGAAGCUCAUGGAACAUUCCAUACUGGAAAAUGUUUGAAAUGUCAAGCAAUAUAUGAUCUUCCGUGGAUGAAGAAAAAAAUUAUUGAAAAUGUUGUACCAAAAUGUGAAGAAUGUUCAGAAGGCACAGUAAAACCAGAUAUUGUAUUUUUCGGUGAAAUGUUACCAGACCGAUUUCACAGGUUAAUGAACUCUGAUUUCCCUCAAGCAGAUUUACUAAUUAUCAUGGGAUCUAGUUUAGUGGUACAACCAUUUGCAUCUCUUAUUGAUCGAGUUAAAAAAUCUUGUCCACGAUUGCUAAUCAACAAAGAAAAAGUAGGAAUGCAAGAUCAUCUAAGCCGAUUAUUUGGCUUAAAUCAAGGCUUUGUAUUUGAUCCAAAAAAUACAGAGACUGCUCGCGAUGUUGCUUGGAUUGGUGACUGUGAUACUGGUUGUCAAUUAUUAGCUGACAAACUUGGCUGGGGUGAAGAAUUGAAAAAACUUAUUGAGACAGAACAUCAACGAUUAGAUGCUGAGAAAAAGCAUAAAAUUUAAAUUGGUAUUGCUUUUAAAUUAAUAUUAUAUAUAAUUAUUUGAUUUAAAAUAUAAUUUUUUUAUUUAAUAAUGAACGGCUUAACACUAACUUCUAGUGCUUCUCGAUCGUGAAUUUGACCAACACCAACUGCUGGUGUUGCUAAUGCUUCUCGUCCGCAAUAUUUUAACUGAAAAGUAAUUUACCUAUGUAUUUAAAUGCAAAAAUUUCCAACUAAUUUAUCAAAUAUUCCAGUUAAUAAAGCUUUACCAUGUAAAUUGGUAACACUAAAUACUUAUAAAAA